AUGGCUGCGGGAGACUCACCAGUCCACACAACAAUAGACAUAGCGUCAAUUCCGGACCCGAAUUCCCCCCAAAAUGACCCACCGCCACCUUACCCGUCCCCGCGCAGCACACGACGUUCACGAAACGCAGGUCGGGGCGCACGCACGGCGCAUUCCCAAAUCGCCUCUUCGGAUUCGCAGCAUUCUGAAUUGGAUGCGGCACUGAUCACCCCGUCUUCACAGCAGUUCCCUACUGGCGACAACGACCACGAAGCAUCGGAGUCGACGCCGUUCUUGUCGCCUGCUUCGCCGUCGGGGAGGCGCGCGAGCAGGCAGCGUGCAUUUUCGCACACGAGUGUGUUGUCGACGGCCUCAGCCGCGCCAUCGCUUGCACACACCCUACUAUCACUGUUCCAACCCGAAGGCGACGAUGACUCCAGCUCAGACCUUCUGGCGGAUGUAGAUACGAGCGAAGGCAGAAUCCUGCUGAUGUCCGAGGAGGCGCCAUCACGCAGGGCACCACUACUCUCGACGGAGGGCUUGAAGCGGUACUUUCGGCCGGUGGUGAAGCAGAAGUACUACUGGUCCCUGCUGCACCUGGCGGUACUGAAUUUUCCGUACGCGUUAUUGGCUUGGGUGUACCUCUUCGUCUUCACGCUGACAGGGACAACGCUGCUUAUGGCUCUCCCUCUUGGUGUCGCGCUGUGUUUCUUAGACCUGUUGGGCGCACGAAUGUUUGCCCGAGGCGAAUUAGCCAUUCAAACGCGCUUCCAUGCUCCAUUCGCUUUCCCACCACCGUAUCCCCCGCGGCCCAUAUUCACCAGGUACAGGGAGGCGACGCUAGAAGAGAUCGAAGCUGGCACAACAGAAGGAACGCGAGUCAAAGAAACGUCCUUCUACAAGAACGCUUAUGCUAUGUUCAGGGACUCGACCUCUUAUCAAGCGCUUUUCUAUUUCUUGGUUAUCAAGCCGGUCAUAACAAUCGUGCUGAUGCUCGUAUUCCUGGUCCUUACGCCGAUAUCUAUCGCCUUAAUCAUACCGGCGCCGUUCAUCCUGAGGGCAGCCAGACGACUAGGGGUAUGGCAGGCAAAUAUCGCAGUGGAAGGAUUGUAUAUGUCAGUUCGGUAG